UUAACAAGGACAAUUACCAUGGCACAAAAACUUGUUAUCCUUUUCACCACUCUUCUUGUUGUUAUGGCUGCUCAUAAUUCAUUAUACUCCACCAAAAUUCAUGUGAUGGCCCAAGAAGAUCAAGAUCCAAUUUGCGGAAAACCAUGUACUACACAUGAUGAUUGCUCUGAUGCUUCGUUUUGUCAAGCCUGUUGGAAUUUCAGACAAACUUGUGGUCCAUUUGUUGGCUAAUUAAGACAUGAUCAUGGGCCUAUAAUUUCAACAUUUAGUCACUUAAUUAGAUAAAUAAAUAACUUAAGUGACCAAAGUGUGCUUGUUCAAGGAAAAAAUUAUGUGGCUAAGAAAUAAACUUUGGAUGUAAUGUGUUUAUCAAUUAAAUAAAAGAUCAUAUAAUGUGUGGUUAUGUAUGUUUU